AUGGAAAUAAUAGUGAAGUUACUCAUUCUGAAUAUUUACAUUGCACAAGGAAAGUUUCUGAAUGGAAAUUAUUACAACGUUUACAAAGAUCGGUACAAAUAUAGCACAGCAGUUCUAGAUAAUGAUUCAGCAGCACCCCGAACAGUGAAGUUACUCAUUCUGAAUAUUUACAUUGCACAAGGAAAGUUUCUGAAUGGAAAUUAUUACAACGUUUACAAAGAUCGGUACAAAUAUAGCACAGCAGUUCUAGAUAAUGAUUCAGCAGCACCCCGAACAGACCCAGCUAGACCUAAGGUCCUCCUCGGCACUACCCAUCAAAGACAAAAGACAACAAGAGAUUCGAAAGAUGCUGCUUUUGGUAGACAAGAAGGUCAGAGUGCUUCUUUACACAAGACAGUCACCAAGGUCACCACACCUUCAGGUCACCAAAUCCUCAUGCCCUCUAGCAAUGAGCAGACCACGGUGCUUCUUGGUCACCAGCGGGACAAGGUCCUUCCUGGACACCAACACUUCAUCACGCUUCCAGGUCACCAGGUCACCGUACAUUCUGGUCACCCACAGGCUACCCAGCAUCCGCAACCGCAGCCAGGCCACCAAGAGGACACCGCACGCCCUGGUCACCAACAUGUCGCCAAGCAUCUAGGUCACCAAGAGGUCAGAGUGCACCCUGGUUACCAAGAGGACACCACGUAUUUUAGCCCCCAAGAGCUCAGCAUCACAAAAGAAUACGUCAAUAACAAAAUUCUGAAGAUUACAGUGAAGUCUGGAGAACUGUCAGCUUUAGUACACACGAACUUCUCGGCUUUUACGGUGAAUGACCAGAAACCUGACAUCGAGGAAGCUGCCACAAACAACGCAGGUCUUUACGUGAUCGUCCUCCACCAGGCAACCGGUUUGCCGCUAUGCACACCUUUCAAUCUCCAGCCGUGGGCGGACUUCCACCUCCUGAAGCCAUUCAUUGAGAGUCUCCAACACGGCCGGAUCAUCAUCUUCAUGCUGAGGAGAGACUUGGCGUUUGGGUUACCCCCGGAAGUGCGAUCCUUCCUCCAGCUGAAGGGAUCUGCCGCAGCUGGCUUUGUGGGGCCAGGCAUGACCUGGGUGUGGGUGUGGGUCAAAGGUGGGCGUACUUUGGCUGAGGCUGUGACCUUCCCUGGGCAGGAAAAGAUGGCUCCUAGAAAUAUCAUAACCAUCUAUAUGCCAUUGUCUCAGCCCGAAGAUUACUGUGCUCAGUGGCCUCGAGGGAAGCACUGGGAUUUACGCAGACAAUUUUGUGAUACAUAUGAACAAUAUGGGGACUUCUGCUCGUGUUCCAACCCGGACACCUUUGUGGACGAUCAGAAUUUGAUUGUCAACAACCAGAUAAAAAAUGCAGUGAUUGUGAUGCUGGCUCAUCGUGUACCAUCACUAUACAGGAGCAUGAAGUCCCUGAGUCGGGCCAGGGGAUUCAACAGAUCCCGCUUCGAGACGUACACAAUGACCCGCUCCCCGCAGCUGGCCAGGUUCCUCGAGCUCCUUGACCUUCCUCUCACGGCGACGUAUCAGACGCACGCGAUGCUCUCCACGGCCAUCGCGCGCCAUUCCAUCUUCGCCAUCGACCACGCGCUCCGGACGCACCCCGAUGCGCAGUUCGUCAUAGUUUUGGAGGAAGAUGUGCAGGUGUCGCCGGAUUUCUUUGUCUUCCUGAACAAGACAGCCCCACUUCUGCUAGAAGAUCCGAGCCUGUACUGCGUGUCCGCCCACAACGAUCUUUCGUAUCCACAAACGUCGUAUGACCCGCGGGCUGUUCUUCGCGCAGAGAGCUACCCGAACUACGGCUGGAUGGUGAAACGAAGUUUUGCGGAGGAGAUGGUCUCUUCUCUGUAUGGGAUCGACGAGGAAUAUGACUGGGACGUGGUCACUUACUACUAUCUGAGGCGUGGGCGUGAGUGCAUCAUCCCGGAGGUGUCCCGCUCCCUCCACUUCGCUCACGACGGCGCCCACAUAUCCCAGGUCUCCGUCAGGAGGUAUUUCUCAAAUAAAAACCUUAACGAGGACCCAGAGGCAUUCGUGGAAAGGGUGGACCUCAGAUUGUACAGAGACAACUACGAAGCCACUCUCGUCUCAAUGCUGGAAAGGGCCAAGUUCCUGCAGCUUCCAGAGGAAACGCCUUGCCAACGAGAUUUCUUCAAGAAAAUCACUGUUCGAGAGAAUGAUGUCCUCGUCCUGUUCUUUCGGCUGGAUGAAGAUAUUAAAAGAUUUAGAAACAACGUUGUAUGGGAGACUCUAGCUCAUUGCUUGAAUAUUUUUGGCAUCGAGUCUAGGGAAGGUCACCAAGGACUGUACAGGCUGAGGUAUGGCCCUGCUCAUUUCCUGCUUGUGGCCCACCCCGCUUCGCCUUACAGUCACUACAAGCCCGCGGAAGUGAGCGUCUUCAGCGCCUCGCCCGAAGAAGUCCUUUUCGCUCGCAACGCCACGGCCAUCCACGAAGAACUCAACCCGCUGCCUUAUGAUAUGGACCAUUUCUUAGAAACGGAUAUACCCCUUAAUCGCAAUAAAACCUGA